AUGGAUAAUAAGGUGGUGGGUAAUAAUAGAGGGGUCGUGGUGGUGGCAGGUGGGUGUAAUCGAUUAGGGGGUGGCGGUGGUGGUGUUGGUGUAGUAGAACUUGUUUUUGUGUGUGCAGAAGAUGAAAAAGAACAAGAAUUUCAAAUCGGGCAGCCUACGGAUGUGAAGCAUGUCGCGCAUAUAGGAGGUGAUGGACCAGCGGUUGAAUCUCCAAGCUGGAUGAAGGGGUUUGAUGGAAAAGAUUCUCAAUCUGGACCAUUGGACAAGACUGGAGGCAAGGUAGAGACUCCUGAAGUCAAAUGGGUAUCCGAAGAUUCAACCCGUAGAAAAACCCGAAAAGAUGAUUCAUGCCACAGGAGUACUCGUAGCGUGGAAACAUCUAAAGAGCUUGCAUUGUUACCAAGAUCAACAAAGAACAACCGUCGUCGAUCAAUGGAUAAUAACAUGGCAACCGAGACUCUAAGUAAAGACUCAUCAUCAUCUCAAUCCCGACAUGCAAGAAGAUCCCAUAGGGGAUCACGACGUUCUCUAGAUCAAAACACGAGCGAUGAUUCAAAGCCAGACAUCCCAAAAAGGUCUUCACGACGUAUUAGAAAGCCAAAGGAGGAAUCUUUAGGUGACGGGCCAACACGGUCAUUAGCUAAAUCGACCACAGAUGAUUCGGAAUUUGGAUCGGAUGAUCAAUGA